AUGUUGUGGUAUCAGAUCCGUGAGUAUCGGGAUGCAGAUUACUGAGCUGUGAGGACGAUAUACUCCACUGGGUUCAGAGAGCAUGUUGGAAUUGUGUAUCUUCUGGCCCUGAAGCAACCAUGGAUUCAAGCUAUGCUGUGUGGAGUCUUCCUUCUCAUCCAUAUCCUCUCUGGCUCCAUCCUGACCGGCAUUUUGGGUGUGGGAGGGGUUAUGCUGGCUGUUCGGAUGUCAGUGCAGUAUAUUUUUGAGCAGGGUAUUCAGCUUGGGUUUAGAGAGGAUCUGUUGGACAUCAGGAACUCCUACAUGCAGCCUGGAAGUAGGAGCUGCUUUUGGGUUGCAGAACUGAAAGGGUCUAUUGUCGGGACGGUGGGCAUUUUGCCCUGUGUAGAGGAGCCAGGUGCUUGGGAACUGAAAAGGAUCUCUGUGAAAAAGGAGUUUCGGGGUCGUGGCCUUGGGAAAGCACUUUGUAAAACUGCUUUUGAAUUUGUUGCCAGGCAUAAUGUUAAGAGAGUGGUGCUUUUCACCUCUAUGGUCCAAACUGAUGCUCAUAAGCUGUAUGACAGCAUCGGGUUUAAAAAGGAGGAGGAGUUUGUGUGGCCAUCACCUCCUGCCAGGCUGAUCAAUUUCAUGGUGUUUAAAUAUGCACACAGAAAUGGUGGUGUCAUGACAUGCUAA